AUGCCGGGCGGCGUGGGGCCGGCUUUCCGAGGCAACAUGGACGCUACGCUCACCCAGCGUGGAUACGACCCACAUGCCAUGACGUGGGAGACGAUUACGACUUCCGAAACGCCAAAUUCUGCUUCUUCACCGAGGUUUCGGAGCCAAGCUCUCAACGACGCGGUUGAACGCCGCUCGCAAGCCAACGCCAUGAAGACGGCGUCCGCCGCAGCCCCUGCAUCCGGUACGCCAGCUGACAAGACGCAGCCUCUCGCUUCGCGCGCUGUGGGACGCAAGGGCAAGGUUCUCACUAAAUGGAAGCCUCGCCCGUUUCCAAAACCGAAUCCGGACGACUAUGUAAUUGUCGUAAAGCCACGAGAGUGCAUCUCAUUGCAUGAUGCUUUCUCAGAGAACUGGUACGGGACCGCGUUUAAGGCAUACCUCGGGCCCGAGCGAGCUCAGACGUUGACAGUUAUUCCAUCGAGAGAGCAAAAUCUGAUCGUUAUUCACACCCCGGACGCUGACACGGCGGACAAAAUCAUCGGGGACUUCGCGGUAAACAUCGAGCACAGGCAGGUUCUGCUCAACGGGUACCUGCGACAAGAUGGUAGCAAUGUCUGCCAUGGAGUCAUCGUAGUCCGCAACACAGACACGACGGAGACGCUCCGAGAGAGCGUACGCUGGAAGUCUGGCACCAUCGUCGAGGUGCGUAAAUUUGGAACGUCGAACAAGGCGCGUGUGACCUUCGCUGGAAAGGAGAAGCCACGCUUUGUUCACUACGACACAAUGCUGAUCCCCGUCAAACCCUACUACCGGACCAUCCCGGCCUGCGGAAAGUGCGGUGUCGUCGGCCAUCGGAUGGACACUUGUCCCAACCCAAGACCGGAUACAUGUGGCCUGUGUGGACAGCAGGUUCCGCUUGUGGAGGAGGGGGUGCGGGCCCCUCAUGAAUGUGCACCCGUUUGUUCUGUGUGUGGUGGAGCACACGCCACAAACUCUCGUGCGUGUACGGCCACGUACCGUAAUUCCAAGGUGGCCGCACACCAGGGCGGAAAGUCCAAAAGAGCGUCCAAGAGACGACGCAAACAUCAGACUCCCAGUGAGUCACCGCGCCGGGAGGUCGCCAAGACAGACAAGCCUGCUUCUCAUACUGGAGGAAUCAGGAAGCAGCCGUCGACCCCACCGCAUUGCGGAACCGGGAAGCAGCCGACGGCGCAACCAUGCGGCGAGGCCGGGUCAUGGGCCAACGCCGUCAAAAAUGGAAACCAGGUGGGUGGUACGGGUAGAGCUGCCUCCUCAUCCCCCCUAUCAUCCCAUCUUCAUCACCUAACGCCGACCAAAAUAUUAUUGCCAAGCUCCAGGCACAAAUCGAAGCGUUACAGAAAAGACUAGCGGCAGCCGAGGCCAAACAGA